CAGACCGCCGCCGUCCAUAUCGCCGUCGCAGUUGUCGCUAUCUCGUCCUCUCCGGUAUCAUCUACACAUACAGAUCGGUCCCCAUCCUGCUCCCUGGUGCACCACGCGCUGCUGCUGCUGCUGCUGGAGAUUGUGUCAUUCUAGUGGCUUCCUACAGCUCUUCUAAACCUCCACCUCUGCUAAACCUCCACCUCUGAAUAUCCACCUCUGAACGGAGUACCACCCGCCAGGCGGUCACUUUCCCCCACCUCCCACCUGCGCUUGCACUUGCCCUUCCACUUGCACUCGUGUUGGAUCGUCCAACAUCUUCGUCACGCCGCUGACCCUCGAUAUCUCCUUCGCACUAGCUCCCCCGAACUAGUCGCAGAGACUGAGAGUACGCGCGCGAGAUCAGCCUCGCAUCAUGGUCGCUUCAGAGCUCACUGCCUCGGCCAAGGCCCUGCGCACCACCGCCGUGACCCCAGGAGACGCCGCCAUUGCUUCCGAACCUCUCCCAGCGCUUCGAAACCGCGCGGCCGCCAGCAGAAGCCCCUACGUCAAGGACCAGGCGGAUGGGUUGGUGUCAUGGCAGCUGCUGGACGACGAGGCUGUGGAGCGGGCCAGAAAGGAAAACAAGCUCAUCUUCUUGCACAUUGGAUACAAGGCAUGCCACUACUGCCGACUCAUGUUCCUCGAGUCCUUCUCCAACCCGGAUUGCGCCUCUGUCCUCAACGAGUCCUUCGUCCCUGUCAUCAUCGACCGAGAAGAGCGCCCAGACCUGGAUACCAUCUACAUGAACUACGUCCAGGCCGUGAGCAAUGCUGGAGGCUGGCCCUUGAAUCUUUUCUUGACUCCCAACCUGGAGCCCGUUUUCGGUGGAACCUACUGGCCCGGCCCAGGCAACCGACGUCGUGCUACUGAUGAGAACGCGGAUGAGGUGCUGGAUUUCCUCACAAUCGUGAAGAAGGUACGGGAUAUCUGGAGCGACCAAGAGGCCCGCUGCCGAAAGGAGGCAACCGAGGUCUUAGGGCAGCUCAGGGAGUUCGCUGCUGAGGGUACCCUUGGCACCAGUCGCAUCUCAGCUACGUCGUCUCUGGGGCCCUCGGGGUGGGGUGCGCCAGCCCCAACCCACAGCGAUGGGAGCAAGGAGAAGGAUACCGCGGUUUCCAGCGAGCUGGACCUCGAUCAGCUGGAGGAGGCGUACACCCAUAUCGCCGGGACAUUCGACCCUGUCUACGGAGGGUUUGGUCUUGCGCCCAAGUUCCUUACGCCCCCAAAGCUGGGUUUCCUCCUAGGUCUCUCACAGGCGCCAAGCGCAGUCCAGGAUGUUGUUGGCGAAGCCGAAUGCAAGCAUGCCUCAGAAAUUGCCCUGGACACCCUGCGGAAGAUCCGCGAUGGUGCUCUGCGUGAUCACGUUGGUGGCACAGGCUUCUCGCGCUGCUCAGUCACACCUGACUGGAGCAUUCCCAACUUUGAAAAGCUGGUCGUGGACAACGCCCUGCUUCUCUCUCUGUAUCUCGAAGCGUGGAAGUCGAGCGGCGGAAAAAAGGACAGCGAGUUUUACGACAUUGUCCUGGAACUGGCUGAUUACCUCUCCUCAGCCCCGAUCGCCCUACCCGAGGGCGGGUUCGCAUCGAGCGAAGCGUCCGAUUCGUAUCCCAAGAAGGGUGACAAGGAAAUGCGUGAAGGCGCGUACUACACCUGGACAAGACGUGAAUUCGACUCGGUGCUUGACGCAGCGAGCAAAAACAUCAGUCCACUUGUAGCAAUCCACUGGGGCGUCCAUGAAGAUGGUAACGUGGAUGAGCGCCAUGACCCAAACGACGACUUCAUAAACCAGAACAUCCUCAAGGUCGACCGAAACGUCGAGCAACUGAGCAAGCAGUUUGGUAUCCCCGCCAAGGAAGUUGAGCAAUCCAUCCAAACGGCCAAAUCUGCCCUCAAGGAGAGGAGAGACAAGUAUCGUGCCAGGCCGGAUCUGGAUAACAAGCUUGUCGUGGGAUGGAACGGCCUCGUUAUCUCAGCGCUGGCCCACGCUAGCCUGGCUCUGAAGACUCUCGAUCAAGAGCGAAGCGACAAAUACCUCAUCGUUGCGAAGAAAGCCGUGGCCUUCAUCCAGGAGAAGCUAUGGGUUGCCAAUGAGAAGACCCUAUAUCGGAUCUGGCAAGGUGAAAGGGAGAUCAAAGCUUUCGCGGACGACUAUGCCUACCUUACCCAAGGCCUCCUCGAUCUCUUCAAGGCCACCGGUGACGAAUCCUUCCUGGAGUUUGCUGACACACUCCAACAAUCUCAAAUCUCGCUGUUCUCUGACCCCGAUGGCGCCUUUUUCUCCACCACGGAGUCAUCCCCACACACCAUCAUUCGCCUCAAGGACGGCAUGGAUACUUCCCUCCCCUCUACCAACGCCGUCACCGUUGCCAACCUCUUCCGCCUCGCCGACCUCCUUUCUGACGAUGCUCUCUCUGCCUCAGCUCGCCAGGCCAUCAAUGCAUUCGAGGUCGAGAUGCUCCAGCACCCCUGGCUGUUCCCCGGCCUGCUCGGUGGUGUCGUCGCCGCGCGGUUGGGUGUUGACAAGAGUAACGUGAAGGUCGCAUACAAGCCUGCUAGAUUAAGUACCUAAUUGGGACUAAGAGGAAGAUGUUGGGGACAUUAUGAGAUUUCGUCGCAUGCCUUUUUGGAGAACUCAUCUUGGACGCCGGGCCUUAUUGGGGGGGGGGGUUGUUAUUUAGGAGCUCUUGCAUCGGGUCUGUCCCCCUUAUUUUGGAUGAAUUAGUACUACAUAUUGUGCUUUGAUGAAUAGGUUUUAGAGAUAUCAAAUCUAGACCAUGACCAUGA